AUGACUCUGGGACCUGACAGGCUAGUCUUACUUUGGAUGCUGGAAGGGCGUACUCGAGUGGAUGACGCUGCUGGUUGGGAUACGUGGGAGUUGUUGGGUUAUAUAUCCUCGGGCUGUCUCCUCUCUCGCACCCUUCGCCUCGCACUUAUCGACGCCCCCUCGCCAGCCUUAUCUGCACACCCUCAAUACCCACUUCAGAGGAGCAUCAGGGACCCACCGCUGAUAUACGUCUGCUCUCCUGGUUCUGCUACAGAGCCAGGCGGAAAGGGCAGGCUUGGAAUAUUCGAUCUGGCCGACAUUCCUCCCCCUUACUCGCCCUCCUCCGUGGCCUCCGACCUCCCAAAUCCUCCGACGAUCCCAUCCGAGCUCACUCCGUCUCGCCCGGGCGCCGAUACCUCCGCCGGCAGUACCCCAGCUACACCGCAGCAAGAAGCUGACUCCCGUCGCCGUCGUUCACACCAGGCCGAGCAUCUAUCUUCUACGAAUCGCCGCCGCCGCCGCAGUUCGUCAAAUCCGCCUAACCCUUCUGUCCCCGGAACUGGAGGCCGCGCGGGAGGUCAUACGGCGGUAGACGAAGUCAGCUCACUUCACGAACAAAACCAGAUCCAGUCCGGUGUCCCAUCAGAGGGCUAUCCUCCUUCGUCCAAGCGCAGGCGCCUGGCAAAUAUGCGACCAGAUGGAAUAUCAACUACCAAUAACUACUCCCAGGUGGGCAAGGGAGGGACGGCCUCGCCUGCUCAGAAGGCCGCCGCCAGUCGCACUCUGAACGGACAGUCGUCACAUUCUAGUUCGAAUGGAGAAUCAAGGACAGGCGGUUUCCAGAAGUCUUCAAAAAAAUCGAAAUAUUUCAAUCAUGACCGAGAAGAAGUGACGAGGAUUCUCAUUCAGAGUCUCCAUGAACUUGGUUAUAGUGGUUCGGCGGCUUUGCUGAGCUCGGAAAGCGGCUACCAACUGGAGAGCCCCGCGGUGGCCAUCUUCAGGAAUGCAAUACUCGAGGGACGAUGGGCUGAGGCGGAGCGCAUCCUGGUACAAUCGUUUCAGGCGUCCGAGCAGGGACAAACCGAGGAUGAAACGACGAGCAAGGAAAAGUUGGCACUGGUGGAAAAUGCCGAUAAGAGUGAAAUGCUUUUCUAUCUGCGGCAACAAAAGUUCCUUGAACUACUGGAAGAACGAGCUCUCCCAGGAGCAUUGAUUGUUCUUCGACAGGAGCUGACUCCUUUGGACUACGACAUCGGACGCCUGCACGCUCUGUCUAGUCUUCUUAUGUGCCCCCCAGAGCACCUUCACGACCAAGUCGGCUGGGAUAGCCCAGUUGGCUUCUCCAGGGAGCGACUGCUGUCAGAACUGUCAAAAUUUAUAUCCCCGUCGGUCAUGAUCCCGGAUAAUCGGCUUGCCACCUUGUUAGACCAUGUUAAACAGAAUCAGAUCAACCAUUGCCUAUAUCACAAUACCGCAGAGUCACCGUCUCUUUACUCAGAUCAUAUGUGCGACCGCAACGAUUUCCCUCUUAGCACGAAACUCGAGCUGAAUCAACAUUCUGAUGAGGUUUGGCACUGUCAAUUUUCUCAUGAUGGUACGAAAUUAGUCACGGCAGGCCGGGACAGCAGUGUGAUUAUUUACGACACGAGUACAUUUUCCGUCCUGUAUAAACUUUUGGGGCACGAAGCUGGGGUUGCUCAUGCCGUUUGGAGCCCGGAUGACAGCAAGUUAAUCACCUGUUCGCAGGACAAGACAGCCCGCGUAUGGAGCAUGGAGACUGGGAGAUGCCUUCUGACUAUCAACCACCACCGGCAACCGGUAACCGCGGCUGUCUGGGCUCCCGACGGGGAAUCAUUCGUAACCGCGUCUCUUGAUAAGAGCUCCCAGUUGUGCCAUUGGAGCAUCCGCGGCCAGCCCCUGCACAUGUGGCCCAACGGUUUCCGCGUUCAAGAUUGUGCGAUAACACCUGAUGGCCGACGUCUGAUUGCCGUAGACGUGGAGAGUAAGAUCCGCGUCUUCAAUUUCAAUACUCACGAGCAGGAAUACAGUCUUCCCCUGAAGAGCAAAGCGACUUCUGUCGCUGUCAGCAGCGAUUCGCGCUACAUGCUCGUAAAUCUUACCGAGUGCGAGAUUCAACUGAUCGACAUUGAAACGUCAGAGGUCCUCCGCCGUUUCCAAGGCCAAAAACAGAGCACGUUUAUUAUCCGCAGUACAUUUGGAGGAGCUGCAGAGAACUUCGUUGUCAGCGGUAGUGAAGACUCCCGGAUUUACGUAUGGCAUAAGGAGAAUGGGUCGCUCGUUGAGACGCUCGAAGGACAUCUUCAGGGGUGUGUGAACGCAAUCUCAUGGAACCCUGCUGAUCCUGGCAUGUUUGCUUCCGCGGGUGAUGACUGCUUGGUUAAGAUGUGGGUACCAUUCAAUACCGUCUUGGAUAUGGAAGUUCCAUACUAA